GGGCCUACGAGGGGGCGGAGCCUGCGCGGGGCGGGGCCACCUUGGGAAGGCGGAAGCCUCCAGUCUAGAGACGGACGCAAAACCCGGUUCCGGAUUACACGUUCUCUGGAGCGGGGCGCCGGGAGACGGCAGGCGGGAAAACCCGGCGCCCGGAAGCCCUUGCUUUCUUUGACGCAAAGGCUCGGGACUUAGCCGCCGUCUGCCCGAGAGCCCGGCGAGAAGCGACCCCAGACGGAGCCUCUGGAAGCCCUGCGCCCGGCAGCCUCGGUCCUCCCUGCCGCCGUACUCGUGGCCAUGGAGUGUCCGCACCUCAGCUCUAGCGUCUGCAUCGCUCCGGACUCCGCCAAGUUCCCCAACGGCUCCCCGUCGUCCUGGUGCUGCAGCGUGUGCAGGUCCAACAAAAGCCCCUGGGUCUGUUUGACUUGUUCAAGUGUCCACUGUGGAAGGUAUGUGAAUGGUCACGCCAAAAAACAUUAUGAAGAUGCACAAAUACCCCUAACCAACUAUAAGAAGUCUGAAAAACAAGAAAAAGCUCAGCACACAGUGUGUAUGGAUUGCAGUAGCUACAGCACAUACUGUUACCGCUGUGAUGAUUUCGUGGUUAAUGACACCAAGCUGGGACUAGUACAGAAAGUCAGAGAACACUUACAGAACUUGGAAAACUCGGCUUUCACAGCUGACAGGCACAGGAAAAGAAAACUUUUGGAAAACUCAUCACUAAACAGCAAGUUAUUAAAAGUAAAUGGAAGUACCACUGCCAUUUGUGCGACUGGCCUUCGGAAUUUGGGCAACACGUGUUUCAUGAAUGCCAUUCUUCAGUCACUCAGCAACAUUGAGCAGUUUUGCUGUUACUUCAAAGAACUGCCUGCUGUCGAGUUAAGGAAUGGAAAGACAGCAGGAAGGCGGACAUACCACACCAGGAGCCAAGGGGACAACAAUGUGUCUUUGGUAGAAGAGUUUAGAAAGACACUCUGUGCUUUGUGGCAAGGUAACCAGACUGCAUUUAGUCCAGAGUCCUUGUUCUAUGUUGUUUGGAAGAUCAUGCCGAAUUUCAGGGGCUAUCAGCAGCAAGACGCCCAUGAGUUCAUGCGCUACCUUUUGGACCAUCUCCACCUGGAACUCCAGGGUGGCUUCAAUGGUGUUUCUCGCUCAGCAAUUCUACAGGAGAAUUCUACUCUGUCUGCAAGUAACAAGUGCUGCAUAAACGGAGCAUCGACCGUUGUCACAGCUAUCUUCGGAGGCAUCCUUCAGAAUGAGGUCAACUGCCUCAUUUGCGGGACAGAGUCCAGGAAGUUCGAUCCAUUCCUAGAUCUUUCAUUAGAUAUUCCAAGCCAGUUCCGAAGUAAGCGUUCUAAGAAUCAAGAAAAUGGACCGGUUUGUUCAUUACGAGAUUGUCUUCGCAGUUUUACCGACUUAGAAGAGCUUGAUGAGACGGAGUUAUAUAUGUGCCAUAAAUGCAAAAAGAAACAGAAGUCCACAAAAAAGUUUUGGAUUCAGAAACUCCCCAGGGUGCUGUGCUUACAUUUGAAACGAUUUCAUUGGACAGCCUAUUUAAGAAACAAAGUCGAUACCUAUGUAGAGUUCCCACUGAGGGGCCUAGACAUGAAAUGCUACUUGCUGGAGCCUGAGAACAGCGGCCCGGACAGCUGCCUGUACGACCUGGCCGCCGUGGUGGUGCAUCACGGCUCUGGGGUGGGCUCUGGACAUUACACAGCCUACGCCACCCACGAAGGCCGCUGGUUCCACUUCAAUGACAGUACUGUAACGCUGACGGACGAGGAGACUGUGCUGAAGGCCAAGGCCUACAUCCUUUUCUACGUGGAGCGCCAGGCCAGAGCGGGAUCAGACAAACUUUAACACUGCCUCUAAAUCACCGCCCGCCUCCCGCCCCGGACAAACAUUUCCAGCUCCCAUAAAUACUUGAUCCAGAAUUUAACUUCA